AUGAUCGCCCUUUUGCCUCUCCUGCUACUUUGUGUUGCCAACCUCAGCCAAGGCGAAGAGGAUGUCUGCAACCUACCAAUGAGAACUGGACCCUGCCUAGCCUACUUCAGAGUGUGGGGCUAUAAUCGCGCAUUGGAUCGAUGUGAGAGCUUCAUCUACGGUGGUUGUGGAGGCAACGCUAACCGUUUCAAAGAAAAGAAGGAAUGCGAGCGUGCUUGUGUUAAAAAUUUGCACUUAUAG